AUGAACUUACCAAACGCAGUGCUAGUGUGUUUUACUGCCGCCAACCACUCAGAUGACCUGCAUAAGAGAAUAGUAAAUGGCGAGGCAGUGACCUCAAGGGCUUACCCUUACCAAGCCUCGCUACAGAUCUACCAAUACGAAGAAUGGCAUCACAUCUGCGGAGCUUCCAUCAUAGGGGACAACAAGGUAUCUAUUUAUGGCAUCGGAAAAAUGGUAUCUAUUUUUUGGCUGAGGGAUUCAAAGCAAGAUAACUUGAUUUUUUAAAAGUGAUAUUGGGGGAGGGGGGUAUUGAACAAUAGCUGAAAUAGUGAACAUGUUGGGUUCUUGCUUAAAAUCUCAUCUUUAAAUCUAUGAACAUUUUAAAAGAUUUUUUUUGUGAUGGUUUAGGGAUGGGGCUGUAGGGUAACGAAUCAACCCCUAGGGAUGUCAUUUUUAAGAGGAGGGAAUAAACAAAACUUUGGCGGCUUGUGAAGUUGUUUAUUGUUGUCGAGGCAAUACAGUACGUAUCAAUUUUAAUAAAACCAGCAAAUUCGGGGGGAGUGGGGGAAUGCCCCCCGUCCCUACCAAAAUAACGCUCUUGAUCAAGUCCACUGAAUAUUGUAUAAUGCAUUGAAACUCAUCUUAUCUGUGUGAAGCAAAAGGGAUUUAGCCAUUGAUUUGCUUUCAGUUGCUGACAGCUGCGCAUUGUUUUGGAGAAGAAGACGACGACGAGGACGACUACGCUGUUUUGCUUGGUACACUGAACUUGGACGACGUAGACAAGUCUGCCCAGUUUAUAAGAGUUCGAUCGUUCAAAAGACAUCCUGGCUUUAAAGUUAACUUGAGCCUGGGCUACCCCGAUGACAUAGCCAUCGUUCUGUUGGACAGCCUGAUCGAAUUCAACGAUCACGUCCAGGUGAUUUUGAACUUGCCAUUUGUUAUUUGA